CGCCUAACCAAAGAUUAGCUCACACGCUAGUGUUGCCGUAAAUCGCAUAGUAUAGUAUGGAGUAUGGACCCUCCCUUCAUUUAACCAUUUACCAACUUGAAUGAAAAUCUAAUCCCAAUCUCAAGUCUCUCCAAAACCAAGUUUUAGUUAGAGACUUAAGACUCUCCUCUAUCUAACUUUGGCGGUGGCAUUCACCACACACUCACUGACUCAGCAUGGCAAACGACGCCGCUCUGAGAAGCUCUCUGCUGUGGCUGGCAGCAGUUAUAUUGGUGGUUGGAAUAUGCACCCACUCUUUGAAGAAGAUGAUGACCACCUAUGUCUUGGGUGUUCUUGGGAUUGCUGCUGUGCUUCUUCCUGAUUGGGAUUACUUCAACCGUGAUUUCUCUCGUUGGCCUUAUCCUGUCACUUCUGAGGAAAGGGCCAAUUCUUCUCUUCAUGCCCAAGGAUCUGGUUUUCUAAGGUUUGCGAAUUCUCCUCUUAGGGUGAUUGGUUAUAGCGUGGUUUAUGGAUAUGCCAUGUACAAAUGGUGGGAGUAUGUGUCAACCUAACGAAUGAUCGACGAGUUUAAUUGUUUAGCGCAGCAGCAACGUAACUGUUGGUUCCUCUGAAUCCCAAUUUUAGCUGUAAGCUUAAUUUUUUUUGUUGAUUUAAUUUGGAGGAAUAUCAGUGAUUGAUUGCCGAAGAGGUGCUUCGUUUUUCUGCGGAGUAGGAAAUCAAAAGGGAUGACGAAAAUAAGUUCAUCCCCUUUUGCGUCUUUUGAUUAAUUAGUAUUUAGUAAUGCUAAUUAAGGAA